CUGCAAAAUAGCCCUGCCGAAGUCUUUCUUGAUCACGCCAAACUCGAGAAAGAGAAAGAGAGGCUCUGCUGGCAAGGUGCGAAAAGCUUUGACCGAGAAAGUCACCCGGCUAGGAAGACGUCAUUCAAGGGACUAGGCAAGGUUUUCUUCAAAGAGGAUGAAGUCCCGAGUCAAUUUGAGGACAAAAAUCACAAAAUAGCCGCUCUAACUGAAGUGUCAUUAACUUAUUACAAAGUUUGUACCCCACUGGUAGCGUUGCUUUGGAGCUUGUCGAGGCGAGCUUAACCAUAGAGGUAACAUUAAUUUCUUAAGUGGACUGAAAUAGAAAACAACCCUUUUAAUUUGACCGUGAUGAGUUGAGGAAAUCUCAUUUUGAAUGUAAAAAAAAUUAUUAUUUUUUGUACUUACCAUAAGUUCCUCUAGAUAACAAUGAACCUGAGAGUACUUCUUGCGUUCUUGCUGUUGGCCAUGCUCACCACUGAAGUGCAUUCCUGGUGGGGCAGAAGAAGACGAAGCACGCGACCACCACCUCGCCCCAGUACUGGUGGGAGAAGGUAAGUCACGCUUGUCCCUAAGUGGUUUUUGCAUCUUAUCACAGACCCCGUAUAAUACAAUCAUUAUUUAAUCAAACAAUUAUUUCCCUAAAUGAGCAGUUUCAACACAUUUUGAAGGCACCAACAAAUUCAAAAGGGAAAGUGUUUUAGCGUUUAUACCAACUAUGUCAACUAAGUGAGGAUACAGAGAAACUAAACACGUCACUUAAGUCCCGGAUGAAGUGAUAUAUGGACUUUAAUAGGCCACUGACGAGUUUCAAAAACCCUCACUUUCAAAAUGAGGCCAAGUGCACAACCUUUCUGGUGAAGAUGAGUUUUAUUUACUUUCUAAAUGUCCUUUAUUUUUCUUCUGACUGGUUAUGCCAUUUUAAAAGACUUUUCAUACCUUUUUGGCGCGAAAUUCACCGGUCAAAAAUUCUACCGGUAACGUCAUGACAAUUGACCAAUAGGACAGUGAUAUUUCACGCCGCUCCUGACACAGCAUAUGUCAAUCAUUUUUUUCCGAGUGAAUUUAUAAUAUGAUUCAAAUCCAUUCAGGCGAAACCAGUCGACCUCCAGACUUCGUCGCUCGCUCGGUCGCUGCGCGACCUCAUGCAUUGAAGCUCGCUUCGUUCACUUUUAAGAACUUUUGAGAGGUCGACUUGUACCAAGUCUACCCUUUUACUUGUUUUACCUAGUUUACUUCCCGAAGAAAUCAAACACUUCCCUUUAUAUAGUGAGAGUGGUUUUUAGCCAAGGCCUUUUAUGUAUUGCGUAUCUAGACAAAUUCGAGGUCCUCAUAAACGCAAAAAAAUAGCGAACCAUCUUCACCGUCAUUGAAGGAUUUAGAAUUUAUUAGAUAUAGAAAAAAAAUCCAGGCAAACAAAAGCUCUUUCAACUAUUCAACUAUUAGCUUCUGAAGGGCUUCUGGAUGAUCUCGUUGCUCGGAGUAUUUUGGGGCUCGUACCGGCAAGGAUAUGCCGAGCUAAGGGAACCAAUCAAAACUUUCGAAAAUUCCGGCUAUCUGCUAAUUGGCAACCUUGUUCUCCUUCUCGUCCCUCUCUCUCUCGCCUUGUAGGGACGAGUAGGACUGAGAGAACCCUGGGUACGAGGUUGCUAAUUUGGUAAAGCCCCGUGCAAACGGACGCAACGUUGUUGAAUGUUACAUGUUGCGUCCGUUUGCACACCCCGUUGCAUGUUUUUGGGAGUCGUUGCGCAAAGUUUGAAACUACGUGAAAACGAACUCCAACAACUCACAACAUUGUUGGGCCAACAGUUUUAUGAUUUUUAGAAAGUUUAUCAAAAUGUGCAUUGAAAGGGCACGGGAAAACCAGACGUUUCGAGGAGUUGUUGGGAGUUAUUGCGUCCGUUUGCACGUAGCUUAUAUAAGUACUAACAUGAUUUGCACUAACGUUUUUGAUAUCUUGGCUGAUUUAGUCCUGCAGGUGGCCCGGCCCGGAACCCAAAUGCAGUGGUGUGCAAUCAUUACAGGAGUAGUAACCGCCUCACUUGCAGAAAGUAAGCUGCUACGAUUUUUCAAGGCUAUACAAACAGUCUCCUCUUGAAUUCGAGAAAGAGAACCCUGCAGAAUGUUUGUGAAAACGUUUGCCCCCGAACCAUGUUCAUAGCUUAGGCUUAUUACACGUAACUUAUUGUAGUGGUAACAAGAGUACUGAAAAUCCACUCCAAGUGAUUGAUAUACUACGAAAAGAAUCCCUUGAUAUUUUGAUUGCACAUAAAAUCCAGUUAAACAAGAGGGAUUUUGUCUUAGUAUAUUAGUUUUUUUUGUUUCUUGGCUCUCGUUAAGAAGCCAUAAAAAUUCCGAAUUCGGAAAAAAUUCCGGAAAAAGUCAGAAGUCAAGCAAGUGAAAACUUAGAGCUAGGGAACUCAAUGGAGGCUUUUCGCGAUCACUCAUGAGCAAGUUUGUACCCCAAUAUCAGUCACCGCCCCCCGCCCCUCCCCCAUAAAUCAUGGGCUAAUGCCAAUUAGUAAAAUCCAACUAGUGGUCUAUUAUCAAUGCUGCGUUCUGAUUGGUUGAGUUAUUCCUAGGCUAUAUGUUAUAGCCCACUGAUAGCGAAAAGCGCGCGCUUUUUGGCGGCAAAAAAGGAUUGAAGUCUAGCUUAAACUAGCUAAAAGUUUUUUAUUCUCGAUAUUUUUGACCAACUAGUUGGAUUUUACUAAAACAAUUAUUCCUCUCGCCCUCACGGCCUCUGAGUCAAUAGCCCAUUCGGCCUUCGGCCUCAUGGGCUAUUGACUCAAAGCCCAUUCGGGCUUGAGGAAUAAUUGUUAAAUAUAUUUUUUUUCUUAAAAGGGGCAGAUCCUCGGUAACCUGUACUACACAGCCACCCAGGGAGAGAAACGACCGUCGCUAUGGAGGGCCAACUCCACGGGGCGAGUAUCUGAUUGGAAAUAGGUACACAAACCCAAGGUACAAUAUCGACUGGUACAAUCUGUACCCCAAGAAAGAGGACAAUUCUGGUUACUAUGGUUACACACAGCGCACUAAGCUACAGGCUUCCUUUUAA